UACAUAAAUCAAUCGUUCCUUUUGUGGACGCGUAUACAUAGUUUUUCUCAUCGGACGGUGCUUGAAAUUUUACUAAAAUUCUCAAACUUAUCUGAAGAAAAAACAGAAUAAGCAAAAUGAAUGAGGGGAGUGAAUACUCCAUACAUUCGAUAUGUCGUGUUUGCUUGAACCAUUUGCGAAACGACCCAGCCUACGACCUGUUUCUAGUCCCAGGUCUCGCUAAGAAACUUUGUGUGUGCACUUCACUCUCCGUGGAACAGCACGAUGGGUUCCCCAAAAACCUUUGCACCACUUGCUACACCCGGCUCAACGACUUACACGGAUUUCAGAAACAGUGUGUGGACUCCGCCCAAAAGUUUCAAGAAAUGGUGGCCAACAAUUAUUUCACACCCGUUAUUGCUGAUAUUAAUCAAAUUGACAAUGUCGACAUACUGCAUGUACCGCCGCCGGAUGGAGAAAUGGAUGAGGAUCGUAUCAAUUUCGAUCCGCUUCUGAAUACUAAAAUUGAGAUAAUCGAAAAUGAGGAGGAUGUUUUUAAAAUGCUAGAGGAUGUCGACAAAGAAGUGGAGGAGGUAGAGAAGGAGAAGCAAUCAUCCAGUGAAAGCGAAGCCGACAACGACGAUGAUGAUGGUGACUUUGAAGCGAAUAGCAGCGAAUCUGAUGACGCCAUGCCCUUGUCUCGUUUAAGAAGUAGUACCAGAGCAUCAAAGGCCAAGGCUAAGAAAAAUAAUGAUGAUGAAGAUGACUCCUCAAGCUCUGAUUCGGACGAUGAUGAUGAUGACGAUGAUGACGAUGACGAUAAGCCCAAAUCGAAACCAAAACGCAAACGCAUUCCGGCCGCUGAGCGACACCUACAUCGUCUAAUAGACUGUCAUAUAUGUCACCAGAAAUUCAAGAAAGCAAUUCGCUAUGAAGAGCACAUGAAGCAUCACAACGAUCUAUUGCCAUUCCAGUGCACUGUGGAGACCUGCAAGAAGGGUUUCACUACGGCUGGUGGUCUGCGACUGCACAUGGAUCACGCUCAUUCGGAAUUCUCUGAGGUACACGCCUGCACUUUUGAGGGAUGCGACAAGACAUUCCCACGAUCUGUUUUGCUCACGUUCCAUAUGAAAAAGGUUCACAAAGUUGCCAAGGCUGACACACGAAAUCAUCCUUGCACGGAGUGUGAAAAAGUUUUUCGCUGCCCAACGGCGCUCAAAAAACAUAUGUAUAAGCACACGGGCGAGGAACUGCCUUAUGCAUGUGAAAUUUGCGGCAAACGUUUCCACAUACACAGUGUGCUAAGGGACCAUCUCUUGCGGCAUGCCGGCGUUAAAAACCAUGUUUGUCCCUAUUGCGGUGUGGGCAAAACAACUCGACAGGAGUGGAACAAGCACAUAUUGACGCACACCAGAGAAAAACAGUUUCAAUGUCGUCAAUGCGAUCAUUCAUCCCACAACAAACAGGCACUCUCUAAUCAUGUCAAAGUGGUUCACAUGAAGAUCAAGAACUUUGCCUGUCAGUAUUGCGGCAAAACUUUUGGAAAAUCGCACGCAUGCAAGAUCCACGAGAGACUCCACACUGGCGAGAAUUGUUGCGAGUGCAAGAUCUGUGGCAAGAUCUUCCUUUUCGAGAAGCGAUUGACCAAGCAUUUGCAGAUUCACGAGAAACGCGAGGUACCACCUCCGGAGACCACUGUUAAAUCUCAAGGCGAUGGCGACGCACAAACUACCCAGACUUUGAACCAGGAGUUGGCCGAGCCGGCGGAUAUAAAGCCCGUGCCAAUUGUUCCUCCUAAGCCGAAGAAUUCCCAUAGAGUUGAACGUGUUGAUAUAUCACAAUUGGCCGGAACCUCUGUUAAUCCAAUAUCAUCGGUUUCUGUACCAUCUUGGUCGCCACAAGUCAACUUCACCAAGAAAGAAGGUCAGCACAUUUGUCCGGGCUGCGGUCGUGGCUUCAAUCACAUUGGCAAUAUGAAACUUCACUACAAAAUAAUACACGAAAAGGUGAAGGACUUCGCCUGCCGCUAUUGUCCCAAGCGCUUCGCCAAGGCGCAGUACCUGCGCAAUCAUGAAUAUAUACAUACUGGCGAAAAGCCUUUUGAAUGCAAGAUAUGCGGCAAACAUUUCCGUCAGGAACAGGUGCUGAAGACACAUUUGAAGGUGCACGACAAGCCGCCGAAACCACCAAAAGCCAAGAAACCGCCAAAGCCUUCUGUUAGUAAAGCAAAGGGACUGAAGGUUGAACUCAACAAAAAGCAACCAAAGAUUUUUGAGGAGUAUCAGGAUCCCGCUGCAGAACGUGCCGCAGCUACCGCUGCCUUGCUAGCUCAACAGAUGGAGGAGAAUGAGGCGAAGCGAAAGGCGGAAGAGGAAACCCGUAAGAUUCAAGAGGCCGCUUGCGAGCAGCUCAAUAGACUCCAAAGGCAAGUGCAGAGUGAGAAGGGCUCCUAUGAUAGCUACUAUGGACAAAAAGCUGAAGCUGAAGGCACUAGCAUUGAUUCUCUCAAAUUAGAUCAUGUAUAAAUUGAAGCGCUAUCCCAGUCCACUUAAAAACCUUUAUGAACUAUGCGAAUUCCUCGAAUGGUUACAUAUUAUAACUUUAUCUGCUUAAACAUUUCAAAUAUGUAUUACAAAGUGAAUUACUAAGUACGUGUUGAAUUGCACACUUACUCUAUAGGUAUAUCUUCUGACUAGCAUUCAAAUCACUAAAUAUUUUGACAUUUAGUAGCUUAGCGGAGCAAACAUCUUCUGGGAUUCAACCAGGCUCCUGAUAAGAAGGAAUUACAGGCCUGCUGCCGUUCUUACCGAACCCAAAAGCCACACAGAACUCAGAAGCCGGUUAAAAGAAUUAGAAUAUGCUGAUGUCCUUGGAAGACAACGCACUGGGUACAAUACUAAAAGUUGAAAAAACUGGAACCGCGCAGUCUACCAGCCCGAACCCUAACUGUCUGUGGCAUUAAAUUCAAAAAUCUGCACGAUAAAAGUACGCAAACAAUA